GACUGACUAAAAUUUAAGAUAAUUGGGAGAGAGAAGAGAUAGGAUGGCAUCUUCUCGUUUGGCGGUUCCAUUGCAUUGCUCUGUUCAGAGGCCUUCCUUCUCACCCAACUUUGAUCACUUCAAGGCCUCGCUCUCCUCUGCUUUUAAGCCAUUAUUAAGACAGAUACAGCAACUUCCCUUGCGGGUAGAGGUAGAUGUCUCCAAAGCCGUCAAGAACACUUCUGUCAAGUUACUGGAUGCAUUUGUUGAUUCUGUGUUCGAGUUUGUUGAUCAGCCAUUGCUACCAUCUCAGAGUAAUUUUGCUCCAGUUGAUGAGUUAAAAGAAGCCGUUCGAGUCACCAACAUCCAAGGGGAAAUUCCAGAUGUUUUUCCGGAGGGUGUCUACAUAAGAAACGGACCAAACCCCAUUUUCGGAGCGUUAACAUCAACGAUAUCAAUGUUCGGGAGGUCGAAUCACAUUUGGGUAGAAGGAGAAGGAAUGCUGCAUGCUUUGUAUUUUAGCAAAGGCCUUGAUGGGAGCUGGGCUGUUGUUUAUAACAACAGACCCGUUGAAACAGAAACAUUCAAGCUGGAAAAACAACGGAACAAGCCGUUGUUUCUUCCUGCCAUAGAAGGGGAUUCGCCGGCUGUUUUGUCUGCUUAUUUGCUUAAUAUGUUGAGAUUUGGUAAAAUAAACAAACAAAUCAGCAAUACCAAUGUCUUUGAGCAUGCCGGGAAGUUCUACUCCAUUGCAGAAAAUCACGAACCUCAAGAGAUCAACAUCGUUACACUAGAAACCUUGCAUGACUGGGAUGUCAAUGGAGCUUGGAACAGGCCAUUUUCCUCUCAUCCAAAGAAAGCUCCAGGCACAGGGGAGCUAGUAAUCAUGGGAAUAAAUGCAACUAAGCCUUUUGUUGAAGUGGGAGUAAUUUCUGCUGAUGGAAAGAAAUUGCUCCACAGAGUGGAUCUGAAACUCAAUAGGUGCAGCCUAUGCCAUGAAAUUGGAGUUACAGAAAGGUACAAUGUGUUUAUGGACCACCCUCUAUCUAUAGACUUAAACAGACUUGUUUGCGGUGGCCAAUUAGUAAAAUACGAAAAAGAAGGAGAUGCAAGGAUUGGCAUAAUGCCUCGCUAUGGUGAUGAAGAUUCAAUUCAGUGGUUUAAGGUGAAACCGAAUUGCACAUUUCAUCUCUUCAAUUGUUUCGAAAAUGGUGAUGAGGUUGUGAUUUGGGGCUGUAGAGCUCUUGACUCACUAAUACCAGGGCCUGAUCAGGGAAAGAACAAAUUCGAUUGGUUUUCGGAAAAAUUCAGGUCUGUAAAAUCCACUGCUGAAGGAAGUGCUGAUGCCGUGCCAGAAGAACAACUAGUAUUUCCUCGUCCUUAUGAGUGGCGAAUGAACAUGCGAACCGGAGAUAUAAAGGAAAGGAAUCUGGCAGGGACUGAAUUUCCCAUGGAUUUUCCUUUGAUUAAUGGAGCUUUCACAGGUGUUAAAAACAAAUAUGGAUAUUGCCAAGUUCGUGAUUGUAUUGCAAGUUCUGCCUCAGGCAUGGCAAAAUAUGGAGGCCUUGCCAAACUGUACUUUGAAGAGCAGAACACUGGAUUUUCCCUGGGAGAAAAUCAAGAAAAAGGGUUGAUAAAGGUAGAAUAUCAUAUGUUUGGGAAGAACACCUUUGGCACUGGUGCUGCCUUUGUUCCUAAAGAAGGGGGUGCUGAAGAAGAUGAUGGUUGGGUUAUCACUUUUGCUCACAAUGAAGAUACUAAUAUAUCUCAAGUUCUUGUAAUUGAAGCAAAGAACUUCUCCAGUGAGCCCGUAGCCAAAAUCACACUACCGUUCAGAGUACCAUACGGUUUCCAUGGAGCUUUUGCGCCAAUGCAACUACCAAAUGAAACCAUGAGGAUAGUUCCCUCUUUGAAUCCCAAAAUAUCAGAAAGUAUAUCCUGUUCCUACUUACAAAUUGGCAAUUGCACAAAUGUCUGCUAAUACGUAGCAUCUGGAUUGAUUGAGAAUAUGAAUUGAGUGCAGGGCCUUUAGCUUCUGCUGUCAGGCCACAGGGGGUCUAAUGGGGCACAGAUGGGGCAAAAAAGCAUGUAUAAAUCCAGGAAUCGUUUAGCCUGUUCUUGCAGAUUUGUAAAUUGUAGUAAUUACUUACCAUCACUUUGAAUGUGAAGAUUGAAUCAUAUACUAGUAAUUACUACUAUAAUAUUAUGAGAAACUAUUCAUAUUAA